CAACAAUUUCUAAAAUUUUGCAAUAGAGAAAGGAGGAACGGCUAUAGAUAAACCAUCGCCGUCGACAAAUUUCUGUCCUAUGAAACGACAAACAUGGCGGACCAAGAAAACUGUAAAGAUGUUAAAUUAUUAAAAAGGACAAGGAUUUCGGUGUUUGUUGACGAAGCUUUGCCCGAUAUUCUUGUUGUCACGUACGAGUUUGGUGUACAAAUUUUUAAGGGGGUACUACUAGAGUCAACAAAGAGAAAUCUGCCAUGUGGGGUACCCAACCUAAACCCGGCGUUAAACAUCCCAUCAAAAAACCCAGAUGAUGACGCUCUAUACGCAGUUAAUCAAAGAUUUGCGUACACGGAUCCCGCAUCAGCGGCAGCGGCCAAAAAGAAAAAUGUGCAAAUUACCAGUAAAUUAAAAAACAACAAAAUGACGGUCAGAUUAAGGCCUAGGCAGGUUCUUUGUUCGAAAUGUAAGGGAAUCUGCAACGAAAAUUCGGAAAACGUUUCGAAAAAACGGAAAGAUCCAGAUUCGACGAGUGCGCCGCCGUCCCAAUCGCCUGCCAAACGACCGCCUGCAUCAAGAGCAAGUUAUUUGUCGCUGUCGAACAAAAGAAGAGCGCAAACUCACGAGCCGACCCUAGUCCCUAAACUAACCCGAUUGACUUUGCAAGAAUGUAAAGACUUUAAUGUAGAUAAUAGUUUAUUAAAAAAACCUCUAGCCUCAAUAAAUAACCACGAAAAUCAUUCCUCCGACUGCAGCUCAAGCUCCGAAGAAGUUACAGACUCGAGAAGUGCCAGGAAAAAAAUGCUUAGGAAAAAACGGAGUAUAUCUGAAGAAACUUCGGAAGAAAACAAAGAUGUAGAUACAAUCCUUCAUUGUUCCUCAACUAACACACGGACAAUAAAAAUAUCGUACGGGCCCCAGGGCGAGGGCACCGUGCUUAAAAUACCUGCCAAACUGGAAUUGGACGACUCAGAGGAAAACGUUGAAGAACCAGACGCAAAUAAAGAUACCACAACUCCUCACGAUAAAGCUGCUAGGAAAGCUUUAAAGAAAGCCAAAAAAGAAGCAAAAAGAAAGGUAUUAUUGUCCAGCACCACGCCGUCGGUGUACCCGGGUAGCAACAGUCCCGGCUAUACCAUAGGAGUCUCCUCGCCUAGAUACACGGUGGGCAGCGCAUCUCCACGCCACGGCCUCGGCAGCAACUCGCCACGGUACGCGAACUUCGAAAUCAAUAUGCCGAAGAAGCGCAAACACAAAAUGAAACACAAAAGGAAGCAUAGGGAUGAAAAGGACAAGAAGUACAAAGAAAGCGAGGUGAGCUCAACUCAGGAUGAUGACUCGAGAGACUUGUGCGGGACACAGAAACUUUCAAUAAACUUGAAACGUUUGAACAACACGUACACGUCGUGCAGCCAAGUUGAAGCGAUCAUUGGCGAAGAGGAAAAUGAAGACAAUUCGAGUUCGGACGAAAUGGAUUCGGCGCCCGAAUUCCCGCAAUCGAAUCCACCCAUAACUCUAAGGAUCAAUGCCAACGCGUUGUCAAACGCAAUGGGAGCAGAUGGAGUUAGACUUUUGGUUGGAGACGUGGUUUGGGGGAAAAUGCACGGUUUUCCUUGGUGGCCCUGUAAAAUUCUGACAAUAACCAGCGGUAGCGAUCAGAUUCCAAAAGCGCACGUCUCAUGGUAUGGAUACAAUACGUCAUCGUCCCUUUUGGAGUGUGAUCAACUGAGUCCAUAUUUAGAUAACUUUAAGAUAAGGUACAAUAAGAAAAAGCGUGGUCCAUACAAAGAGGCUAUCAAACAGGCCUCGUUGGAGGCAAAAGAAAACGCAGAAAACAGGGUAAGACAGCCUCUGGGGAACUCGCCAUCCCCCAAUAUUAUACCACAAGUUGUUCCGCCCGCGCUUGCAUCGCCCAGAGAAAUCGACGUCGUUUCUUAAAAACGUUUGUAUAUUUUUCAUAUACAGUCCCUGGCCAAUUUAUUAGACACGGUCAGAAAUUUUCUUUGAUUAUGUCGAUAUAUUCUUAAAAAAUGCUUUUUUGAACUACAAAAUUUUAUGAAUGAAAUCGCGUUAAAAGCGCUUUUUAGGAUGAUAAAACACAUUUUUACGUCAGUCGAAAUUAAAAAAGUGAUACUUACACCAUUGAUCUUAAUCAAUGCUCAUACCAGA